CGGUGCACGGGCUCUGGAGUCAACGCGCCGCAGAGACCAGCAAAGUCCUUCCGCCGGCCAUCAGUUAGCCCGUCCUUCGCUGGCCGUCGUCGUGGUCGUCAUGAUGGGUGGUGCCCUGGUGCCGGCUCGCCUGCGAUCUUCAUCGCUCGUGCUGGUGGCUCUGGCGCCACUGGUGGCUCUCGCGGCGGUAGUGGCACCCCCCGACUGGACCGCCGCCCUCGAAAACAUGGAGAGACGGGGCGGCAGCCUGAGCAACCCGAAGCUGCAGUCCUGGCCUCUGCUGUCGCUGAUGCCCCGCGAAGGGGCCCUGGAAUCCCUGCACCUUCGCUCGCGCCAGCGGCCCCACGCCGCCUCGUACAGCGUGGAAGGGGACGACGAUGGAGGGCUGGACUCGCAGGACGAGUCCCGCCGGGCAAAGCUCAGGGGAAAGGCCUGCUACUUCAAGAUCUGCCCUUUCAACACUCGAUCUUUGUAUAGCAGCGCCGGGGCGAAUAUGUAACUCAUACGCCAUUAUGAUCCUUGUCAUGGAAUAAAUAAGCUGCCGUGUGAUCACAGCACGUCACCGUGACACUUCCGUAA